AUGCCAUCCGAAAACGAUUCGUUACCGUUGGAAGGGUUGUUUGGUCAGUAUCGUUUCGCCGAUGUCCCGAAACUCAAAGCAAUCUUCUAUGCAGAAUUUGAUAUUGAUAUUGGGCCCGUGAUUCGUUAUCAGAUUCCUGAGGAUCAAAAUGUGGUAUCUCCAGAGCGUUUUUCGGCCUUCUCAGCAGCCAUUAUUCCCAAAGACGAAAUGUUGAAUCGUCUUAUAAAGCUGAAUUUUCGAGAUUACAAAGUUAUGGGUCAUCCUAUAGGACUCAAGCAUGAAACAUGGUACGGGCGCGGUCAACUGAAUUUCAACAUGUGUUUCGUUGUUGCAAGGGAAUCCACCAUUGAUUGUAUGUAUGAGCCUCUUGUACAGAAAUUUGCAGAGUACCUGGUCGAUUUGGAGAUGGAAUGCGGUUUCCUACAUAUACCCGAAAAACGAGCUCAACUGCCUACUAUAAUGAGUAAAGUAUUCACAGACCUCAACACAUGUGGUAAGUAG